GGCUUGACGCGCGCCGCCCGCCCUCCUUCCUCCUCGGCUCACGUCCCAUCCUGUGCACCCUGCUGCUCUCGCCAUGGCUGCGCUCACCAAGAAUCCACAAUUCCAGAAGCUGCAGGAAUGGCACCGCGAGCAUGGCUCUGACCUCAACUUGCGCCGCCUUUUCGAAGCGGACAAGGAACGUUUUAAUCGCUUCAGCUUGACACUCAACACCAACCAUGGGCGUAUUCUGGUGGAUUACUCCAAGAACCUUGUGACAGAGGGUGUGAUGCAGAUGUUGGUGGACCUGGCCAAGUCCAGGGGUGUGGAGGCUGCACGGGAACGCAUGUUCAAUGGUGAGAAGAUCAACUUCACCGAGGAUCGGGCAGUGCUGCAUGUUGCCCUGCGGAACAGGUCAAAAACACCCAUUCUGGUGGAUGGCAAGGAUGUGAUGCCAGAGGUCAGUAGGGUCCUGGAGAAGAUGAAGUCUUUCUGCCAGCGUGUCCGAAGCGGUGACUGGAAGGGAUACUCGGGCAAGCCCAUCACAGAUGUCGUCAACAUCGGCAUCGGCGGCUCUGACCUGGGACCCCUCAUGGUGACUGAAGCCCUUAAGCCGUACUCUUCAGGAGGUCCCCGCGUCUGGUUUGUCUCCAACAUUGAUGGGACCCACAUUGCCAAAACCCUGGCCAGCCUGAACCCCGAGUCCUCCCUGUUCAUCAUCGCCUCUAAGACCUUCACUACCCAGGAGACCAUCACAAAUGCAGAGACAGCGAAGGAGUGGCUUCUCCUGGCAUCCAGAAACCCUGCUGCAGUUGCGAAGCACUUCGUUGCCCUGUCUACCAACACGAGCAAAGUGAAGGACUUUGGAAUUGACCCUCAAAACAUGUUCGAAUUCUGGGAUUGGGUAGGAGGACGCUACUCACUGUGGUCAGCCAUCGGACUCUCUAUUGCCCUGCACGUGGGAUUUGACAACUUCGAGCAGCUGCUCUCGGGGGCUCAUUGGAUGGACCAGCACUUCCGCACGACGCCCCUGGAGAAGAAUGCCCCCGUCCUACUGGCUUUGCUGGGUAUCUGGUACAUCAACUGCUUUGGGUGUGAGACGCACGCCAUGCUGCCCUAUGACCAGUACAUGCACCGCUUUGCUGCCUAUUUCCAGCAGGGUGACAUGGAGUCCAAUGGGAAGUACAUCACCAAGUCCGGCACCCGUGUGAACCACCAGACAGGGCCCAUUGUGUGGGGGGAGCCAGGGACCAAUGGCCAGCAUGCGUUCUACCAGCUCAUCCACCAAGGCACCAAGAUGAUACCCUGUGACUUCCUAAUCCCAGUUCAGACUCAGCACCCUAUAAGGAAUGGUUUGCAUCACAAGAUCCUCCUGGCCAACUUCUUGGCCCAGACCGAGGCCCUCAUGAAGGGGAAGUCGUCAGAAGAGGCCCGAAAGGAGCUCCAGGCUGCGGGGAAGAGUCCGGAGGACUUUGAGAAGCUGUUGCCGCACAAGGUCUUUGAAGGAAAUCGUCCAAGCAACUCUAUCGUGUUCACCAAGCUUACACCAUUCAUUCUUGGAGCCUUGAUUGCCAUGUAUGAGCACAAGAUCUUCGUUCAGGGCAUCAUCUGGGACAUCAACAGCUUUGAUCAAUGGGGAGUGGAGCUCGGAAAGCAGCUGGCUAAGAAAAUUGAGCCUGAGCUUGAUGGCAGCAGCCCAGUGACUUCUCAUGAUUCUUCUACCAAUGGGCUGAUCAGCUUCAUUAAACAGGAGCGUGAGGCCAUAAGCCAGUAAACUCUUGUUGGGCUGACCGCAGUCCCUGUUGUGACUAUCCUUGUCCCUCCUCGCCAGAGUCUGCACUGCACGGUCCUGCCUAGAGCACCUUCUGGUCUUGGGCUAUCUAGACCACAAGCCCUUUGGGGAAAGCUGUCUGGAAUUACCACCCUCAUCCCCUUCAUGUCCAUGCCCUUCUGUCUUACAAUUAGCUGAAGUGUUUCAGUGCAGCUGAUUUUUCUGACCCAUGUUCACAUUGUUCAUAUACCAGGUAGAAAAAUAAAGAUGCUACAAAGGUG